AUUAAGGGCAAUUUUUUUCAGCUGUUUGGGGUUCUUUUCAAUUUACAUUUUUUAUGGUAAAAAGUUAAGUUUAAAAAAAGGGGGACUGUGAGUUUGUGAAUAUGAAUAGGAGCGUAGAUGAGCAAUAUGUGUUUUUGAUUUUCAAUUACACUCAGCGGCAACAUGAGAAUUAAAUCGCAUUUUUUUUAUAUUACAAAAACCUGAUUCUGGAACUCCUCUUACAUUUAACACAUUUCAAAUACCGAAUGGAAGCUGAAAAUCAACUCGCAAAAAAGUGGUGCUCAGUACACUUUGCCAUGUGCAGGGAGAAUAUAUUUUGCUUAACGGCGAGGAUCUCAAUUUAAAUGAUAUUAUAAACAAUGACAAAAUGACAGGAUUUGGGAAGUCGGUUUUUCACAGUUUGUUAACGUUUUAAAAAGUAGGAUACCUGAUGUCAUCAGAGUUUAAUUUUAAAAGGCUAUUAUGGGCACAUACUUUGACAGGUUUCUUCACCUGCUGCUCGAUUUUGUGGUGUAUGGUCAUUCAGCAUAAAAUGCAGGAGAUCCAACACAUCUGCCAGAUGGAGUUUAGAGAAAUAAAGAAAAGGCAAAAUCAUUAUGUGAGUUCAGUGAACAGCUUAGAAGCAGGGUUACAAAGUGUUAAACUAUCUGUAAACAGUCUGGCUGAGUCAGUAGCAGAGCAAAGGAAUCUAGUCAAAACGACAAUGGAAAGACAACUUCAAAUUAGCAGAGACCUGACAAGAUGUUCUGAAGAUUUGCUAAACCUUCAUGCAAAACAUCCAUCAUACCCACAAUCAUACGUUGAUAAGGCAAAAGAUGAACUGAAACAUCACUUUGAGGCCGAAAGAGGAAAGAUAUUUGAAAAUCUUUAUGAAGAAAAAAUACGCAACUUACAUGAAAUAGUUGAAAUACAAUUUAUCAAAUAUAAAUCUCCCAAAGAAGUAAAAUAUAAUUCAUCUAACCAACAUUCAUCUGAAUCACAUUUGACAAAGAAUAUUCUGGUACCAAUAUUAAACGAUUUAAAGAGAUCUAUGAAGAAGUUGAUGAUGACGUCAAAAAGCACCUUGCACUAUUUGCACAGACUCUUACGUCAACAGGUCUCAGAAUUAGCAGAGGCAAGACUUUGGACUGUUAGACAAAUCCAGCAAAAGUUUAAACAUAAUGGAAAAGUUAUGGAUGCUUUGAAUGUACAUUUGAAAAGUAAUAAGAAAGGAAUAUUGUCUUUAAAUGAUACGAUUAACUCAUUGAAAAGCUUUUGUUUAUCUUAUCCAAGUUUUGCAUACAGAUGUGGACAUAAAAUAAAAAGGAAAUGCAUCAAAGGACCGGAUGGAAUGGAAACGUUGCAAUAUAAACCUGAUGGAAUUUGGGAUUUAUUAAUAAUACCUGCACUACUAGUAAUAGCAUCGGUGGUUUAUGUUAUUUGGACAAACAGGCCAAGCGGUAAUAAAGAAGUAGUUAAGCAAUGGAUGGAGAGUUCUUUAACUAAAAAGAAACCCCAACCCAUACCUGAAUCGAAGGAAAACCUUGAAAAUUCGCUAUGUGUCGUUUGUUUUGGAUAUGGAUCUGAUAAACAGAAGUAUGUACAUUUGGCCUCGGAGUUGAUGGGCUCAGGGUUCUCUCUACAAAUGAAGAAAGUUGUAGUCAAUUCUACAGAAAGUCUGGAAACUCUGCCCCCAUCAAAGGUUAUUCUUAUGUUUGUGGAUUACAACGAAAGGAACCUAAUCAUAGAAGAAGAACAGGGAGGUUUGAAAAGAGAAACUCUGUUGAUGCUACAAGGAACUGGUGCUGAGGUAACUGUCGUUUACUGUUAUGAGCUUUCUUCUAAGCAUCUUGAUGAAGGACGUCUUUUUGCGCAGAAGUUGACUGUCGUUGAAAGAAUGAAAGAACUCAGAGAACUGCGUGACAGGAACUCCAUAUUUAGUAUCUACAACACAUUCAACCCGACACAGAAAGAAGUCUUCCGCUCUAAGCUGAAAAAUUCUUGUUAGCACGCUAUUCUAUAUAUAACAAUAAAACAUCGCCGGGAA